AGCUGAUGCCUCGCCUUGGACGGCCAAGAUGCCAUCCUCAGUUGCAGGUCUGAUUGGGUCCUGUGUGGUGAUUCCUUGUUCGUUUAACUACCCGGAGCAUGAGAACAAAGUCACCAAGUUCACUGGGAUUUGGACUGAGCGGACAGGUCAUAUUAUCUACCACCCAGUUCAGUCUAAAGUAAUGCAGCAGUACCGGGAUCGGACCGUGCUGCUCGGAGACCUCAGCAAGAAGGACUGCUCGCUGAAAAUAGAUCCAAUCCAGUCAUCUGACACAGGAACCUUUCAUUUCAGGAUUGAAAUGGAAGGCUAUGAAAAGUAUUCCUACAAACAAAGUGAAGUCUCCAUUAGCUUGACCAGUGUUCCUGAAGCCGCGACUAUUAAUGUGAAAGAGGACGUAGAGCAGGGUGAAACUGUGUCUGCCUCCUGCUCUGCGUUUCACUCCUGCCCCACCAAUAGCCCUGUUUUCAUCUGGAGUCACUCUGGAAAAAUGCAUGUGCAAUCAAAAGGGCUUGACAAUGGCCAGUGGCAGGUCACAUCAUCAUUGACCUUUCACCCUACCCGUGCUGAUCACAGCAAGCCGCUAGAGUGCACUGUAACAUACCAAGGAGGGCAGCAAAUGAACAGCUCCAAGAUCCUCAAUGUAAAAUAUGCACCAGUGAAUGUGAAGGUUGUGCACAAGCCAAGUGUGAGGGAGGGAGACACUGUGCAGCUGAGAUGCUCCAGUGAUGCUAACCCCGCUACUCACAGCUACCAGUGGCAUAGUGACAGCGGGGAGUUGCUGGCCAGGGGGCAGCUCUACACGCUGCCAAAUGUCUCCAGACACACAGGAGCCCUUUACUGUACUGCCAUCAACACAAAAGGACAAGCCAGUUCAAGUCUAGUGCAGCUCAAUGUGCAAUAUCCCCCUGAGUUUAAGACUGGCUCUACCUGCUCUUCUGACACAGCUAAAAUAACCUGUGUAUGCAUUGUGAACUCUUGGCCCCCUAGUACGGUUGAGUUUUUUCUUGCUGACAGAAUCCUGCAAAGCACAAACGUAGAGAAACAUGCAUCUGUUACCAUCGGGACUCUGCAGGGAGAUUUUGGAUCCUCAGAGCUUGUCCACUGCCGUGCACACAACAGUCAGGGCAAUGCCACCCUCACACUCUCUGUACCCACUAACAAUAAGAUACCAACCCUUUACAUUGCUGUUGCCAUCGGAGCAUUUGUUGUUGUAACAUUUUUAACAUUUAUAGCCUUGGGAGUGAGAAAGAAAUGUAGGGGGAGCUCUAACAAUGACAUCCCAUUUGCAACAUCCAAUAUGCAACACAUGGAUGCACCCAAGACUAUGAUAGAGCCUGCUCAGCAUUCCUCAGCGCCAAGGAAAACCAAGCAGACCUCUGACAAGGGAGCCUUUUCUAAUGUUUACACUAAUGAGCAUGUAUAUGGCAACAUGCAGGCCGAAGGGGAAGAAUAUGAUGAUGCAGUAUAUGCCAAUGUGUAACAUGAAGAAGAAAACCGUGGGAUGAAAAAGAGGGCUGAAGUCAUUUCUGUGCUGUGCCUGCUUGGUAUUAUUGUCUCUAUAAUAUGCUAUUUUCCUCACGUUAUACAUUUUUAAUUCUAUUUUGUUUUCUAUAUCCUUCACAUAUACUGUAUUCUAUGUCACAAAGUAACCCCUAUAAUUAUUAUGAGCACUGCAGUAAAUGCUCUGGCACAAUACUUUUCACAGCAGCUUUGUAGCCAA